AUGAUGUCGGGAGAGAAAAGACCAGCGCAAGAAGCCUUCGGCUCCUCAAAUCAACUUGUCGUCAAACGAAAGAAGUCCGACGGAGAUAUCAAUGCUGGGACAGCUGUUGUGAAAUCUUCAGCUCAGAAUGGAGCUCUCGUGCAAGCAAUUCCUCGUACCAGUGGGCUUGAUGCCCCCAUAAUGGAACUGACAGGUCAUUCUGGCGAGGUCUUCACCGUGCGAUUUGACCCAACUGCACAGCACAUUGCGUCUGGCUCGAUGGAUCGGUCUAUUUUACUUUGGAACACAUAUGGGCAAUGCGAGAAUUAUGGCGUUCUGACCGGCCAUCGUGGGGCGAUUCUGGAUUUACAAUGGUCGCGAGAUUCACGGGUGAUUUUCUCCGCAUCGGCGGAUAUGACACUAGCGAGCUGGGACUUGGAAACUGGACAGAGGAUACGACGCCACGUUGGGCACGAGGAGAUCAUAAAUUGUCUUGAAAUCAGCAAACGAGGCCAGGAGCUUCUGGUUAGCGCGAGCGACGACGGUUGCAUAGGGAUUUGGGACCCACGACAAAAGGAUGCUAUUGAAUAUCUCGAAACAGAGCUUCCCAUUACCGCAGUAGCCCUGUCGGAAGCAGGAAACGAAGUCUACAGUGGAGGCAUUGAUAAUACGAUUCACGUCUGGGACUUGCGAAAGAAAUCUGUUGUGUACUCCAUGGCUGGCCAUACGGACACCAUCACGUCCCUGCAGAUUUCGCCGGACUCGCAGACCCUGCUGUCCAACUCUCAUGACUCGACAGUGCGCACUUGGGAUAUUCGGCCCUUCGCUCCAACAAAUCGACACAUCAGAACAUACGACGGUGCCCCCAUGGGGCUAGAAAAGAACCUGAUCAGGGCUAGCUGGGAUCCAAAGGGUGAAAAGAUUGCAGCUGGUAGCGGCGAUCGAAGUGUUGUGGUCUGGGACUUCAGGUCUGGGAAACUUCUAUAUAAGCUUCCUGGGCACAAAGGCACUGUCAACGACGUGCGAUUCUCGCCGAAUAAUGAGCCCAUAACCACAAUCUUCCUGCUUGCCGUUAUCGCUCUCUACCUUGCAAUACACUCCGCUACACACCUCGGUCAGGAAAUCCAUAUUCUAUUGAUCUUCAUGAUCUUGAUUCUCUCUAUCAUCUUCUGCCAUGCUUUGAUUCGCUUCGCUAUGGAGAUCUUGCAGGACCCAAGGUCUACUGUUGCGAGGAAUCGCAUACCCAGUAGAGUAGGCCCAAUGGGAUAUGCUCAGCCAGAUCGCCCCAUUCAGGUCAUUCUUGCGGGAGAUGAGGAAACUUUGGUCGAAAGCGACGGCGCCGCACGGGAAAAGGUCACGGCUCCCCCUCCAGCAUAUGGUCUUUGGAGAAGUAGCGUGAAAAUCAACCCUGAUCUCCUCUAUUGGCAGCGUCUAGAGGACAAUGCACCUCCACCCGCAGCCGUCAACGGGAUAGAAAGAAGGUCGAACAGGAAGCCUUUAGCGCCUAGACCUCCUAGUUACACAUCCGAUGAUGGUGUUGAUUACGUGAUUCAAGCGCAACCACGACCUUUCGUGACCCGACAUGAUACUGAAGAUAAAUUCAAGUUCCCAUGUCAUCUGCGGCUGGUUCGCUUCUGCGGUAAUGCGCUCGGGAUGUUGGAGCUUACAGAUGUUCGACCUUCGAUCAGCAUGGACGACUUGGGUCUUACUCCUGUCGCUAUGGCUCGCCAUGGCUCAGGGAAAGAGACCGAGCACAUGUUCUACCAUGGAUUCGAGAAUUAUAUCAAAUAUGCCUUUCCGGAAGACGAGCUGCGUCCUUUAUCCUGUCGUCCGCUGGUUCGCGAUCGUGAUAACCCCGCGCAUGCUGAGCUCAAUGACGUCCUGGGAAAUUACUCCCUUACACUGAUUGACAGCCUAUCCUCGCUAGCGAUUUUGUCAUCUAGUCCCGAUGAAGGCCAGAGAGCUUGGAACCACUUCCAAGACGGAGUGAGUGAUUUUGUUAAGCUAUACGGGGACGGCUCGGAUGGCCCUGCUGGUCAGGGUGAACGGGCAAAGGGGUUCGAUAUUGACAGCAAAGUACAAGUCUUUGAGACCGUCAUUCGAGGGCUAGGUGGAUUGCUCAGCGCUCAUCUCUUCGCCGUUGGUGACCUUCCAAUCACCAGAUAUACUCCUCCAGAACCGGAAGCCACCUUUGCCAAGGCGUGGAACAAAUCAGCUUUCCCAGAACACAGUCAUGGAAUCAAGUGGGCAAAUGGGUUUUUUUAUGAUGGUCAGCUCCUCCGGCUCGCUGCUGACUUGGCAAAUCGCCUUCUACCUGCCUUCUAUACGGACACUGGUCUUCCAUACCCUCGAGUCAAUCUACGAUACGGUGUUCAACGGCGCCCGUUCUAUGCGAAUUCGCCAUUGAAUGCGGAUAAACAAUGCGACGGGUCUGAUUGCGAGGUCUGUCGGGAAGACCGUCAGCGCACUACUUCAGAAACCACGGAAACUUGCAGUGCGGGUGCAGGCAGCCUCGUUCUCGAGUUCACGGUUCUGAGCAGGCUCACCGGAGAUGGUCGAUACGAAGAGCUCGCGAAGAGAGCAUUCUGGGCUGUUUGGGCGCGAAGAAGCGACAUUGGAUUAAUUGGCUCGGGAAUAGAUGCGGAAUCAGGUCGUUGGGUUCAUUCUUUUACCGGGAUUGGCGCUGGCAUCGACAGUUUUUUUGAGUAUGCUUUCAAAUCCUACAUCCUGCUCUCGUCGGGACAACGCUCCCCGUAUGACCCCAGAAGUCCCUGGCAGGCCCUGGAUGGUUACUUCCCGCCGUUGAGUGAACAUGAGCACUCAGCAGAAGCGUUCCUGCGCGUGUGGGAAGAGUCUCAUGCGGCAAUCAAACGGCAUCUAUAUCGAGGGGAGGGUUAUCAACAUCCGCAUCUGAUUCAAGGCGACAUUUUUACCGGCGCAACACGGGCCUUCUGGAUCGAUAGCCUGAGCGCUUUCUAUCCAGGCCUUCUCUCUAUAGCAGGGGAGCUGGAUGAGGCCAUAGGCAUACACCUUUUGACGACAGCAGUCUGGACCCGAUUCUCUGGCCUUCCUGAGAGAUGGAACGUCGCCACCGGGAAUAUUGAGGGUGAACUUGCUUGGUACGGUGGCCGUCCGGAGUUUAUUGAGUCCACAUACUAUAUAUAUCGGGCCACCAAGGACCCGUGGUAUCUCCAUGUUGGCGAAAUGGUACUCCGGGAUCUCAAACGCCGGUGUUGGGCGAAGUGCGGCUGGGCCGGUCUUCAGGACGUCCGCAACGGAGAGUUGAACGAUCGAAUGGAGAGUUUCUUUUUGGGAGAGACUGCCAAGUAUCUAUUUCUCCUGUAUCACCCUGACCAUCCUUUGAAUAACCUGGAUCGGCCCUUUGUCUUUUCAACCGAGGGUCACCCGCUCAUUAUACCUACAAGUUCCAGUGCCAGCCCCCAUCAGCAUAGGAAGCAGGCGCGGCUUGAAGAGCUGGUCAAUCAAUCAGUUUGCCCAUUGGCACCUCAGCCACCGACAUUCGGUCUAUCGUCAACAGCGGCGCGUCCUGAUGUUUUCCAUGCCGCAAAUUUGGCUCGAUUGCACCUAAUGCCGAGCAGAGGCCUGACCGAAGGGCCGAUUCUAGAGUAUGCGCAUGACCAUCCUAGUGUGACAGUGUCCGAUCUAUCUUCACCGACCAACUACACGUUUUACCCGUGGACUCUUCCCCCUGAAUUGGUGCCCUUCAAUGCAACAAGCUCACCGAUGACCUCGCGACCCACACUCGACAUCUCCUUCCCAGCCAUUCCGGGUAUGGUCAUGGGACCUGGGUCAAUUGAGCGGGUUCGGGAUGGAAUCUUCAUCAAGAACAUCGGAGGCCUUCGAUUGAGCAUGGUUCAGGAUGUGCCGUCGCACGAUGCGACCGGGAAGGCGGAUCGCGAUGAGUUCCGGGUGCAGGUGAUUAACAAUGUGCCUUUGGGCAAAGAUGAGAAGGUAUACCUCUCACGAGAAAUCACCUUUGAUAUCCUCGAUCCCACUGAUCCCAAUUUCACUCGGAUGCGCGACUCCGCCAUGAUUGACAUCGUCAUUGACGUAAUCCCAGAGCUUCUCCGUCGAGGAAAUGAUUCGAAUGGUAAUCGCGAAUCAGGUGCUGCGGAGCAUAGUCAAAACCAUGUCAUCCACGAAUCCGCCUCCAUCAACGAUAAGGUCGGGAGCGUUGACCCUUCGAACUCCGGAAUGAGGACUGUGUUCUCAUCUCUAAUGGACACUGUGUCUUCACUACUCCGGGACGAGAAUCCAGGGUUGACGACCCAAUCAUCCCCGAAAAAGUCGUCUAUUGUACGGUUGAGCCUGCCAGCUGCCAUAUCUAGCGGCGCAGGCUCGGCACCCGUCCCAGAGGUGGACGACGCUUCUAUUGUUUCCAUCUCCGGGGAUCCGUCUAAAAGUCGCCUGUCGUGGUCCACGAUUUACUUUGGCGAUGAGAUCUGUGAUCAUCGGAUCUUACGGGACAUUGCUCAAAGUCAUCAAGUCCUGGUCAUCAAACGAGGCGGUUGCAGCUUCUCUCAAAAACUGCGCAACAUCGCCGCUUACCCACCGUCGCGACAUGCACUCAAGCUUGUCAUUGUGGUCGAUUACGAUGAGAAGACGUUCGCGGAGGCUUCAACAUCCAAGCCUACCCCUUCUGCAGGUCUGGCCGCCCUUCGCGCUGAACCGUUUCUUAUCCGGCCGUUGUUAGACGAGCCGCAAAUGACCGCAGGAGGGCUUCCCCGUCGCCAUCCUAUCAGCAUGGUGAUGGUUGGCGGCGGCGAGGAAACGUACGAGUUGCUGCGACGAGCGACAGGUCUUGGCAUUAAGCGACGCUAUUCGGUUCGCUCUCAGGGCAUACCGAUCAAUAAUCUGUACAUAGUUUGA